UUAUCGGCAGCCAUCUUCUUGGGGGUGCUGGGAGCCGGGAAGACCCCCCGAAUCGUUCCCAUUGAGCUGCCCUUCGUCUUCGCUUUCUUCACUUUUGCCUGUUCUCCGUUGCCAACACCACCUGGUUCCGAGGCUGAGAGAAAGCUCGGAUCUAGGCGCGUGUCGACCUCCCGGUCCAAGAAGAUUUGCUUGGGUGGAGGGAAAGGGGAGGGCUCGGGCAAACCGUUGCUGCCUCAGCCCGGGCCGGGGUCCGGGGACGGGGAGCUCCUGGCACCCCGUGGAUUCGCGGCCUGCGACGGUACCCGCAGAGCUGUUCGCCGAUCCGGGCUCGCGGGAACCUGCCACCGGCGCCUCCCACCGCGGCCCACGCGGGCGGCGCGCGGAGGAGGGGGCGGGGGCAGCGGCGGCUGUAGCGGCCGAGACCUGGGCGGGCGGAGGAGUGUGACGGGCCUCGGGGCCGCUGUGGAUGGUUUCUAAAAUGAUCAUUGAAAACUUCGAGGCACUCAAGUCCUGGCUCAGCAAGACUCUCGAGCCCAUCUGUGAUGCAGAUCCAUCAGCCCUAGCAAAAUAUGUUCUCGCUUUGGUAAAGAAAGAUAAAAGUGAAAAAGAGUUAAAGGCAUUAUGUAUUGAUCAACUGGAUGUAUUUCUUCAAAAAGAGACACAGAUAUUUGUGGAAAAACUUUUUGAUGCUGUGAAUACAAAGAGUUAUCUACCUCCUCCAGAGCAGCCAUCAUCAGGAAGCUUAAAGGUAGAGUUUUUUCAGCACCAAGAAAAAGAUAUAAAAAAAGAAGAGAUCACAAAGGAGGAAGAGCGAGAGAAGAAGUUUUCCAGAAGGCUAAAUCAUAGUCCUCCCCAGUCAAGUUCCCGAUACAGAGAAAAUAGAAGUCGUGAUGAGAGGAAAAAAGAUGAUCGUUCUCGCAAAAGAGAUUAUGAUCGAAACCCUCCUCGAAGAGAUUCAUACAGAGAUCGGUACAAUAGAAGACGAGGCCGAAGUCGCAGUUACAGCAGGAGUCGGAGUCGAAGUUGGAGUAAAGAGAGACUUCGUGACAGGGACAGGGAUAGAAGUAGGACUAGAAGCAGAAGCAGAACACGAAGCCGGGAAAGGGAUCUAGUAAAACCUAAAUACGACCUGGAUAGAACAGAUCCACUAGAAAACAAUUAUACUCCAGUCUCUUCGGUACCCAAUAUAUCAUCUGGUCACUACCCUGUACCUACUUUGAGCAGCACUAUUACAGUAAUUGCUCCUACUCAUCAUGGUAAUAACACUACCGAAAGUUGGUCUGAAUUUCAUGAAGACCAAGUGGACCAUAACUCAUAUGUAAGACCACCCAUGCCAAAGAAACGGUGUAGAGACUAUGAUGAAAAAGGUUUCUGUAUGAGAGGAGACAUGUGCCCUUUUGACCACGGAAGUGACCCCGUAGUUGUAGAAGAUGUGAAUCUUCCUGGCAUGCUGCCUUUCCCAGCACAGCCUCCAGUUGUUGAAGGACCACCUCCUCCUGGACUUCCCCCACCUCCACCAAUUCUUACACCCCCACCUGUGAAUCUGAGACCCCCAGUGCCACCACCAGGCCCAUUACCACCCAGCCUUCCACCUGUCACAGAUGAUAUUUCUUAUUCUUUGGUUUUGACAGGACCACCACCUCCACUUCCUCCUUUGCAGCCAUCUGGCAUGGAUGCUCCCCCAAACUCUGCAACCAGUUCUGUUCCUACCGUAGUAACGACUGGCAUCCAUCACCAGCCUCCUCCUGCUCCACCCUCUCUUUUUACUGCAGUUUUUGUAUUACCAGAUACAUAUGACACAGACGGCUACAAUCCUGAAGCCCCCAGCAUAACAAACACUUCCAGACCUAUGUAUAGACACAGAGUGCACGCACAGAGGCCUAACUUGAUAGGACUGACAUCAGGGGAUAUGGAUUUGCCACCCAGAGAAAAGCCUCCUAAUAAAAGCAGUAUGAGGAUAGUAGUGGAUUCUGAAUCAAGGAAAAGAACCAUUGGUUCCGGGGAGCCUGGAGCUCCUACAAAGAAGACCUGGUUUGAUAAGCCAAAUUUUAAUAGAACAAACAGCCCAGGCUUCCAGAAAAAGGUUCAGUUUGGAAAUGAAAAUACCAAACUUGAACUUAGAAAAGUUCCUCCAGAAUUAAAUAAUAUCAGCAAACUUAAUGAACAUUUUAGUCGAUUUGGAACCUUGGUUAACUUACAGGUUGCUUAUAAUGGGGAUCCUGAAGGUGCCCUUAUCCAAUUUGCAACAUAUGAAGAAGCAAAGAAAGCAAUAUCCAGUACAGAAGCAGUACUAAACAAUCGCUUUAUUAAGGUUUAUUGGCACAGAGAAGGAAGUACCCAGCAGUUACAAACUGCUUCUCCAAAGGUAAUGCAGCCCUUAGUCCAGCAGCCCAUUUUGCCUGUUGUGAAGCAGUCAGUCAAAGAGCGGUUGGGUCCAGUACCUUCAAGUACUGUUGAACCGGCAGAAGCCCAAAGUGCCAGUUCAGACCUUCCUCAGAAUGUAACUAAAUUAUCUGUGAAGGACAGGUUGGGUUUUGUAUCAAAGCCAUCUGUUUCAGCAACUGAAAAGGUGUUGUCUACAUCUACUGGCCUAACUAAAACAGUAUAUAAUCCAGCUGCUUUGAAGGCUGCACAGAAAACCUUACUUGUUUCCACCUCUGCAGUUGAUAAUAAUGAAGCACAGAAAAAAAAACAGGAGGCACUGAAACUUCAGCAGGAUGUAAGGAAAAGGAAACAAGAAAUUUUAGAAAAGCACAUUGAAACACAGAAGAUGUUAAUUUCAAAACUAGAGAAAAACAAAGCAAUGAAGUCUGAAGAUAAAGCAGAAAUAAUGAAAACUUUAGAAGUUUUGACAAAAAAUAUUACCAAGUUGAAAGAUGAGGUCAAAGCUGCUUCUCCUGGACGUUGUCUUCCAAAGAGUAUAAAAACCAAGACUCAGAUGCAGAAAGAAUUGCUUGAUACGGAACUGGAUUUAUAUAAGAAGAUGCAAGCUGGAGAAGAAGUCACUGAACUUAGGAGAAAGUAUACGGAAUUACAGCUGGAAGCUGCAAAACGAGGGAUUCUUUCAUCUGGUCGGGGUAGAGGAAUUCACUCAAGAGGUCGAGGUGCAGCUCACGGCCGAGGCAGGGGUCGAGGUCGAGGUCGAGGUGUGCCUGGUCAUGCUGUGGUGGAUCAUCGUCCCAGGGCAUUGGAAAUUUCUGCAUUUACAGAGAGUGAUAGAGAAGAUCUUCUUCCUCAUUUUGCGCAAUAUGGUGAAAUUGAAGAUUGUCAGAUUGAUGACUCUUCACUUCAUGCAGUAAUUACAUUCAAGACAAGAGCAGAAGCUGAAGCAGCUGCAGUUCAUGGAGCUCGUUUCAAAGGGCAGGAUCUAAAACUGGCAUGGAAUAAACCAAUAACUAAUAUUUCAGCUGUUGAAACAGAAGAAGUUGAACCUGAUGAAGAGGAAUUUCAGGAAGAGUCUUUGGUGGAUGACUCAUUACUUCAAGAUGAUGAUGAAGAAGAAGAGGACAAUGAAUCUCGUUCUUGGAGAAGAUGAUUUGACUGAUCAUUGAUCUGCAUAUGCUAGAACUCUACCUGUGUUUCAUUAGUAUUAUCUAAUGUACUUUUACAUAUUUGUAAAAACAAUUUUUUGGUAAAAUGUGAUGAAGAUGGAUUUCACAAAUAGACAAAAGAGAAGAAAACUACCUUCUGAUCCUGUAUUUUGAAAGAUUGAUGUUUGCAUUUUAUUUCAGUAAACAAUUGCUAAAGACAUCACACUAGAAACAUAUGCAAUGUUUUUAUUACAUACUUCUACUGAACAUUACAGAAUUCUUUGGGUUCUUUGUAAUUUAAUGAAUAGGUCUAAAAACUUAUGACCAAUACUUGUUAUAACUUAGAGGAUUUUGUUUUACUCCAAAUAAGGAAUGAAUUUGCAUUUAAAAUCUUAAUGAAUGUUUUCAAAAAUGAAUAGAUAACAUAGUACUCUAACUAAAGUCUCCAAGUUAUGUAUUCAUAAUAUUACAUAGUAGUAUGCUUAGGCUUUACUAUGUAUUAGCCUUUUGUUGGACUUGUGUAUGUAUUUUACCAUAUGGGUUUUAAUGAUAACGGUGUAUGACUGCUUUGCAUAUGAGUCCUUAUACAUUCAGAUGUUAAAAAUAAAGCGGAAUGGUCUCUUGAAAAGAACAGAAAAGAGAAGAAAAGAAAAUGACAAAAAAAAAAAAGCCCACAAAGACCAAGACAAUGUUCCUUGAUUUUAAAAAAGAAAAAAAAAAAAAAAAAAAAAAAAGAAAAGAAAAAAAAUUAAAAUAAAUAGACCAUUCCAGAUGGUGAUCUACCCUUCCCCCCAAUUAUCACAAAAGGAGCUAUAAUCACUAACUUAUUAAUAAUGAUUACUGGUACCUUUACAAAUAAUGUACAAUCCAAUGUUAAAAAUUUAUACCACUUCAGUUUGGUUUGAUCCUAUAAAUUUUCAACAGCUGUCUUAAAAUUUAAAAGCAGGCUGAUUAGUUUGGAACCAGACUUCAAGUAGAGCUAACAUUUGGUGAAUAAGAAAACAUCACAUUACAUUUUGGAUGUAUGAAAGAAAACUUGACCAUUUGAAGAUGUAUGAAUAAAGAAAUGUACUAUAGAUACUACUUUAGGAAAACACUGUUUGGUAAGUGUUCCAGUCUGAUAUUUUAAGUGUGCAUUUCCUAUACUUUGUAUAAAAAUCUUUGACAUUUGACACAAUAUUGUGAUUUUUAAGUGGAUUUCUCUGGCAAAUGAACGUGAUCAUUGAAAGUUGAUAAAACAGCAGUUUCAGGAAAUAAAUGCAUUCUUUGUAGAUUGAGGGGGUGGGAGAUUACCUGUUUAUCUUUUAAAAUUCAUCAUUUCAGUUGCAAGUGUUCCUGCCCCUUCUGAGAUUAUAGUGAUUAUAUUAAAUGUCACAUUAAAAAAAAAAAAAAAAUCACUUUCUUCCCAUACUGGGAUCCUCACAGUCACAACUGUAAUUCCAAACACCAUAAUCUUCUGUCAGUGGGGUAAAUAAUGGAUGCUGUUCCUCUUUUUUUUUUUUCCUCGCACAUUUAGGGUUAAAGUUGUAUAUAUGUUCCUGAUGAUAAUGCUAUUUCAUAGGAAUGUUUGGGCUUGCAGUUGGUACACGUGUUAAUAUUUAAAAUUUCAAAAUCAAUUUCUUUUGUCAAAAUAGUGACUUUACUCAAAAACUUCUUUACUUAGAUCUGUGAUAUAUUUUUAUGUAGUCUCUUGUAUGUUGACUAUGUGCUAUUCUGAUUCAUUAGGUAAGUUUGUUUUCUUUUCUUUUUAGUAGUCGUGAAAGGUGCCAAAUUGGCAGAGGCUCACGUUUCUUCUCUUUACACCAAACAGCAGAGAGAGAUCAUCAUUGCCUGAAUUUAGCUUUGUGACUACAACAGCAAGACCUGUUCCUGUCUGGAGACGACUGUUAAAAUAUCAUCCUAUCAUUUUAUGUUUGCUCUUUAUCAAUUUGAAUAGAUGUUUACAUGUACUAUAAUUGGCAUUUUGUCUCUUCACAGUUCUCUAAUUGGUACAUCCGAGUCCAGAAGUAUGUCUGAGUGUGUGCUUUGUCUGACCUUAUUCUUAAAUGUCUUCUCCCCUUACUUUAUAUCCAUUUAUUUUUUAAACACUAAGGAAAAAGACCUUUUGGUUUCCUAAUAUGAGAUAAGUUCAGUCUCAGCCACGUUGAAAAUUGUGUCUAAGAAAUCUAUAAAGCCAUGAUAUUGUGUUCAUUAGCAUGAACAAUUUAGAAUGAAGAAAAUGAUUAAAAAGUUAAGCAUGGGUUUGGUUUUAAUUUUUCUGGGUUUUAGGAUACAUUUCUGGGGUUAAGGUAGUCACUUAAAUGAUUUUGAACAGAUGCUAAAAUACUUUUUUAUACACUAUAAUAACUUGCCUAUUUCUUCUAAAUACACUUACUGAGGUUGUUGCCAAGGCCACUUACCCAAAUAAUAUUUUUAAAAAAUUUCUUAGCUCUUCAAAACCAACAAGGAGAAUAAUUUUCUUUCUUUUCAAAUAAUACAGGAUGAUCUGUGGAUUAUAAAUAUUGAGAAAUUUCUAUUAAAUGUCUGGUUUACACAGUUUGUCCAUAUUUUCCUCACUUGCAAUCAAGACAUCAAAGACAAUCUUAAAAGCAAGGGGAAAUUGUGUUGUGUGUGUAACAUUGUUAAAGAUUAUAGUUUUACUGUCUUAAAAGGUGUAUGUCCAUAUUUAUUUAUAAGCAGUGUGGCUUAAAAUUAUUUAUAAAGAGUAUGAUUAAAUCUUAUCCUAAAUAUUCACCCAAAAUACCAUUUUUUGUAAUGGGCACCAUAUAAAGACGUUUUCAGAAAAUUAAUUUCUGAGUAUUUCUUCAUAGAUUCUCAUGAGGCAUUUGAGAAGUUUGGAAGUUGUUCUUAGUAGCAGCUCUUUAUUAGAAAAGUGGAAAUUACACUUGAUUCUAUUUGCCCUUGUUUUUUUUUAGUUUCAUUCAGCCGUGCUCAUAUUUUCAUAGUUUUUGUGCCAAGUUGAUUAUUCUGCAAACACUUCUUUUUGAGUAUUCAAUGCAUUUGUCUUCGUGAAAAAUAAAAAGAAUGAACACAUCAAUCAUAAUGUAAAUUAUCUAUUUUGAUCCACAUUAGUUGACAACGGCUUCCUGAAUAUUAGGCUUGAUUUAAGGGAAAAGUACAUGUUUCAGAAAGUCUUCUAAUAUAAUUAUGACUUGGUAGCCUGCAGGGCAUUUUUAAAAUUAGACUUUUGUUUUAGUUCACAUUUGCAAACUAGCAUAUAGCGACAAGGAGUUCGGAGAUAUUUUCCCAGAUUAGUUCAGUAUUUUUUCUUUUUAAGGAAAGAAAAUUCUCUUCCCCUGUGAUAGUGAUUUACUUGCUAGGUUAGAAGCCCAAAGAACAUAGUCUGAAGAGACCAUACUUGUUAACAGUUUCAGUUGGUUCUUAGAUGUGGACCACAUACCAGCCCCCUCAACUUUACUUUGUCAUCUUUCUUUUUUCUUUCCCUUGCUUUUAAAUUAAAAACAAAAUAAAGCAAAACAAAAUUGAAUAUGCCAUUGGGAAUCAGAAAUCGAGAUGAUUUGAUUCUCAUUAAGAUCAUUGUGCUUUUUGAAAAUUUCUGUGAGAGCCAAUAGGUCAUUACAUAUUUAAAUCCUUAUAUGUUGAUUAAUUAAAGAUGAGGAUUUUCAUUAUUUCAUUUUCCUAAAUAGGAUUCUCAUGGAGCUAUGUGUAGAUAACUGUACAGAAUCACUUUUGUGUAAUUGAAGCAGUUUACCUCUGCAUGAUUGCAUUAUGGAAGCCUUUUAUAUAUCUUUAUAUUUUUCAAUAUUCUUAGAUUUUACACUAUUAGCGGCUCUAGUCAUGCUAUAUUUGUUUUUUUUAAAUAGAGUUUAUAAAUAUUUAUGCUCAAAAUACAGAUCAACUGAAUAUUUUUUGAUCUUGUUUACAAGAUAAAUAAUACUUUAAAGUGAUGCAGCCCCUCAAGUGUCUUAGGAAAAAGUUAUUGGUGCUACAAAACCUUUCAAUAUCAUUUUUGAACCUGUUAUCUAGACUUUGCUAGGCUUUAAUGUAUGAUCACUUGUGACUUACUCUAAUCUAGCAGCAUAAUUAUAAAAGUGGUCUGUGGUGAGUCAGGAAAAGAGCCCAGUCCAUUAGAAACACCCCAUAAUUUAAAGAUACGAUACAGAAUGACAGUAUGCUUAUUUGUGCCCAGCUUCCAAAAAAGAAAAUAGUCUCUUCAGUUUGUCAUUAGCUCUUUUGAUAAGAGGAAUUUAAUCUGGCUAGAAUAAAAACAACAAUACAUUCAGCAUGGCUCAGUUUUCCCAUAUUUCACAUGGAAAAUUUUUCUAGUCUUAAAUAUGGUGUAAUCCUGCUCUGCUUCAAAUUCCCAUCUGUCUUUGCUGAACAGGAGGCAGGGUAAUUCUUAAAUAUUUAUAGAACAUUUGAUGAGUUGAAAAGAGAUGUAUUAUUUACAUUGUACAAGUUUUGCGUUGGUUGUGUAGAUUGUUCUCUACAUCUAUAAGACUCAUUCCAGCACCUUAGUGAAUGUUCUAAAGAUACAAUUUUUAAGUAUCAGCAAAGCAUUCAUAGAUACUUACUUUUGAUUCUCAGAAUCCUGAACCUGUUUUGGGUGUGUUAUUACUUCAGAACAUGUUAUCUGGCACAAGAUUUCCUUUAAUAGUGGUUUAGUUGUACUCAAGUUCUGUGGAUUGUUGAACCUAAAAACACCAAAGGAGUCUUUUCUUGUCUGGAGACUGGGUUGUUCCAGUUUUUAAUACCUGUGCCCAUAAGUAUCCCAUUUCACGAAUGUGUGUUGGCAUGGGGAAAAAAUUCCCUGCUCUUUGAGUGGAGCGAAAGUAAUUGGUUAAGCUGUAGCAGCUUUUUUUUGUUUAUUUUUCAAAAUGAUAAUAAAACUUGAACUGAAAAAGGUAAAACUUGAACUAGAAAACUACUCUUGUAUGCUUAGAAUGUUUAUAGUGUUACAUGUUUAUGUGGGGUUGUCAACAUUUUUAUUAUUUAUAGUUGAAUUAUGUUGUUUUGUUUGUUAAAUAUCCAUAAUGUUUAUUAUUUUUAUAUUUUGAAAAUUUUUAAAUAAAAUAGUCUUACUAAAAACA